AGUGUAGCCCCUUCAGUGCCACCUGUCACUGCCUUUCAUUGCCACCUAUCAGUGCCAGUCAGUGCCACCUAUCAAUGCCAGUCAGUGUCACCUAUCAGUGCGCCAAUAAGUGCCACCUAUCAGUGCCAGUCAGUGCCCCCAUCAGUGCGCAUCAGUGCCACCUAUCAGUGCCCGUCAGUGCUGCCUAUCAGUGCCACCUAACAGUGCCAGUCAGUGCCACCUAUCAGUGCCAGUCAGUGCCGCCUACCAGUGCCACCUAUCAG